GAAGUGGACUGGCCCAGUACCGUAUUGACAUAGGAGCACUUCCUCACAGAGAUGCGAGUAUAGUUUGUAGUGUCGAUGGUGUAAGCAUGCCUCGUGGAUAAAUUCUUGUGGGACAUGUGAUUUUACCGACUCAGUCUUGGACAUUACAGGAAAAGCUGCAAGAUGGGUGCCAAAAACGCCAAACACAGGGAUCCAGAAGGGGAUACCUCCUUGUCCCCGUCCCCGAAAAAGUCACCCAAACGCUCACAUCGUACAUCUCGGUCAUCCAGCCGGGAACAUACCCCGUCCCCAGUGGUAAGCCGUAAGGGAGCGCGGGACCAGGAUGUAGCUGUACAGGAGGAAAUACAACAACCUUCGGUAGCCCGCCGUACAGAUACCCGCCCAGACCGACCACAGUCGCAUCGCUCUUCACGAGGACAUGGGGUACCGAAACAAGAACCAAUGGAUGUGGACAAUCACAAAGAAAAUGUGCCAGAAAUAGACAAUGAAAUUAUUGUAGAGAAAAUGUCCUCUAGUCCUAGAACUCCUGCUAAAACUGUGAACGGACACGAUAAAGAUUUGGUGCCCUAUACACCAUUAAGUGUAAAUGGUUUGAUGAUUUCUAACCAUCUUCCGCAGGCCACAUCCACACCAGCCCCUAACGGGAUCAUAAGUAACGUCAACGGACCAAUGAGUCCUGACUCCGAUGCUGACCACACAGACGUCAGCGACGAUGAGGCCUUCACCCCAACAGAUCAACAGUUUCAGUUCAAUGACCGUAGUCCCAGUUCCGGUUCCCUGGUUUCCCAGUCAACCGUCAACAGCAGCAAGCGCUCACAGUCGGAUUCCAUUGACAGGAGGUCAGAGGUCAACUAUGGCCGAUUCUACACCUCCAGUUACCUAGAGAAAGGCAAACAGAACUACAUGAAGCGGGCCUCACUGAACCCCACCCCGAAAUCUCACCACAAAUCACCUCACUUUCACAGACCAGGUAACCCCAAUACAAACUUUUCAUAUUCAAAGGAAGCUCCUGAUUUCCUCAAAAACUGCAGAAAAAGUGGCAUGGCUCAACUAGCCACAGGUACCAAGGUGGUGGUGAAGCGGACCCGACGUGCCUCGUCACCUGGUGAUCUGAGGAAUGAAGAAGCUGUCCGCAUGAGCAUGUUCCCAGCAGCCAAACCUCCCAAACCCAACGAGGUGACGAAGAUAGAACGGGAGGAUUGGCCUGGUCCUCCGUCUCCCGCCGCUAUACUGCCCGAACUGAUGAGGGCCAGACGGAAAAGUCGUGGGGAGGUAGAGGAUGAUGAUGAAGACAAUGUCAUUGAAGAUCCCAGGAUCCAGAAGGAGAUUGAUGAACUGUCAAAGUUUAAGGACACCUCUGGAAUAGGGUCUAUCAUUUACAAGGAGCUGGAGGAGAGACGAGUCAUGCCAGUUAAGGCACUUGACCCAUGGAAGUCUUCGCGGGCACCUAAUGCCAAAUACGAACCCAAAUAUGUUACACGAUACCAGUCGCCUAUGUUUGCAUCUCCCUCCAGGUUCCUUGACCGGCCACGAAGAUCGUGGGAUGACAGUGACCUCCGACGAGGCUACAGAACCAUCUCAACCAUGGCUAACUAUCCAGUGCCGAAGCCUGGUUACGGAUCGUAUGGCCUGACCCCACGGGCGGCUACCCUACCCCUGUCAGGCCUGUACGGGGGCGUGUUUUACAACUACAACAACUAUCAUUAUUUCGACUUUGAUGAAUCGGAUAUUACAAGGCAUCGGCCAUCAGCUUAUACUUCAACAUCCACAGUGAAUACAGAUCAUGGGUCCCGUAGCCAUAUUUCCAGUAUACAUGAGGGGCCUGGACUGUCACUGCUAACCUUACAGAGGAGUACAUGGCACACGGAAGCAGAACCUCCUACUUAUCCAUAUGAAAGAUUAAAGAUUUCCAAUUUUGAGCUGCCAAAAGACACAGACAGAAACUUGCUGGAGAUACAUCUACUGCAGGAGGACUUUGAGGAUUUAUUUAAAAUGAACAAAGAAGAAUUUUCGCGAUUGGCAGAGUGGAAACGUAAUGACUUGAAAAGGAAAGUUGAUCUGUAUUAAAGUAACUGGACAGUGGCCAUCAUUUUCUGGAUAGUGAACAUUGUCUGGGUGUAGAUCCGGGAGUGUGGUGAUGAAACAUACUAUAGUACACAAUUGUAAGGGUAACAUGAGACAAGUACAACCCACUGCAGUGACCUACUUGUGUUGAGUACAACCCAAUGUGAAAACAAACAUUUGCUGAGGUAAAGGCCAGUGCUGGACAAUACUUGUGUCAAGUACAAUCUAGUGCUGUAAAACACUUAUGAUGAGUACAACCCAGUGCGUUAACAUACUUGUAUCAAGUACCGUCAGUACAGUGCCAUACUUGUAUCAUUUACAACCCAGUGCUGUAUCAUACUUGAGUCGAGUACCACCCAGUGCAGUGCCAUACCACCCAGUGUAGUACCCAGUGCUGUAUUAUACUUGUGUCGAGUACUACCCAGUGCACAGUGCCAUACUUGUGUUGAGUACCACCCAGUGGAGCACCCAGGGCUGUAUCAUACUUGUGUCGAGUACUACCCAGUGUAAUGCCAUACUUGUGUUGAGUACCACCCAGUGGAGCACCCAGUGCUGUAUCAUACUUGUGUCGAGUACUACCCAGUGCAGUGCCAUACUUGUGUUGAGUACAACCUGUGUUUUGGUACUGACUAGUAUAUAUAAAUGUACCACACCUGUGCACAUAACACCCUAGCUGUAUAGCCCACACACAAGACCUAUAGCCCACACACAAGACAUAUAGCCCACACACAAGACCUAUAGCCCACACACAAGACAUAUAGCCCACACACAAGACAUAUAGCCCAC